AUGGAAUAUCUCCACGAAUUUCAACGUCGUGGCGCUGAAUUUUGGAAGGACUUGAACACGUUCGAGCUCUACCAAAAUGGGUCUGUAGACCACGGAAUACAUUCAGGCUAUAAAUAUUCAUGGGCCCUACCCUUCGAAAAACUCGAAAAUCCGGAGCAUGUAACGAGACUCCUGCAACAAUACUGGCAUUGGACAAUUUACAUUUCGGUGGUCUACUUCAUCUUGAUCAAGGGGAUUCAAUACUUACUCACCAACCGCAAGCCGUUUGACCUAAAAAUCCCGCUCGUACUAUGGAAUGGAGCACUGGCCGUGUUCAGCAUCGCCGGAUUUCUCCGUUUUGGAGAGGACCUCUUUGACACGAUGAAAACUCGUCCAGCCUACGAAUGGGUUUGUUAUUCGUGCCACCCAAAGGACGUAGCGGCAUUCUGGAGUCUUAUGUUCGCGCUGUCCAAGCUUGUUGAACUGGGAGAUACGCUAUUUAUCGUGUUACGAAAGAAGCCGCUGAUCUUCCUCCACUACUACCACCACGUAGCCGUGCUGAUCUACACUUUCCAUUCGGGGGCUGAACACACGGCAGCAGGGCGAGCCUUUAUCACGAUGAAUUAUUUUGCGCAUUCGGUAAUGUAUACUUAUUAUACCAUUACGGCAUCUGGAAUCCGUGUCCCAAGACCUAUCGCAAAAUCCGUGACUAUCGUUCAAACCACCCAAAUGCUGGCUGGAGUUGCUGUGUCCUGUUUUGUCCUCUGGGUCAAGGAUAACACGAAUUGGCCCUGCCAACAAUCCCGUGCCAACCUCGGACUCGCUUUCCUGAUCUACACGACAUUCCUCGUUCUGUUCCUCCAUUUCUACUGGAGAGCCUACCACAGCCGACCAGCUGCCAAAUCCACUCAACGACCAAAGAAGGAU